AUGGUCUUUUCUUCGGUUCCUGUCUAUCUUGAUCCACCCAAUUGGAACCAGCACCAGCACCAGCCGCAGCAGCAGCAACAGCAAGCUCACCAUGGCCAGGUUCCAAGUGGUGGUGGAGGUGGAGGCGGCGGCGGCGGCAUCGACGCGCAUGCGCAUCAUCAUCAUCAGCUGCCGCCGGUGCCACCCCCUGGCGGAGCUCUCAUGGCUCCUCGCCCUGACAUGGCGGCUGUGGUCGCUGCGAGCGGUGGCGGCAGCACGGCCGGCGGCGGGCCGACUGGCGGCGGCUCCGCUAUCCGGCCGGGCUCCAUGACCGAGCGGGCCAGGCUCGCCAAGAUCCCGCAGCCGGAGCCGGGGCUCAAGUGCCCGCGCUGCGAGUCCACCAACACCAAGUUCUGCUACUUCAACAACUACUCGCUCUCCCAGCCGCGCCACUUCUGCAAGACGUGCCGCCGGUACUGGACGCGCGGCGGCGCGCUCCGGAACGUGCCCGUCGGCGGCGGGUGCCGCCGCAACAAGCGCACCAAGUCGUCCAAGUCCAACUCAUCGUCGGCCGCUGCUUCCGGCGCGGGCGGGACGUCGUCGUCCACCUCGUCCACCGCGACCGGUGGCAGCAGCGCGGGCGGGGCCUCUGCCGCCAUCAUGCCGCCUCAUCAGGGGCACGGGCAGCUGCCGUUCCUGGCCUCGUUGCACCACCCUCUCGCCGGCGGGGAUCACUACAGCACCGGCGCGUCAAGGUUAGGGUUCCCGGGACUGAGCUCGCUGGAUCCCAUGGACUACCACCAGUUCGGCGCCGGCGCCGGCGCCGGCGGCGCUGCCAUCGGGCUGGAGCAGUGGCGCUUUCCGCAGAUACAGCAGUUCCCCUUCCUAAGCGGCCGCCCUGACGCCGUGCCACCGACAAUGUCUGGCAUUUACCCGUUCGACGUGGAAGGCCACGGCGGGGACGGUACCGGCUUCGCCGGCCACAUGCUGGGCGGUUCCAAGGUGCCCGCCUCAGCCGGGCUGAUCACGCAGCUGGCGUCGGUGAAGAUGGAGGACAACCCAGCGUCCGCGGCGAUGGCAAACAGCUCGCCGAGGGAGUUCCUUGGUCUCCCUGGCAACCUCCAAUUCUGGGGCGGCGGCAGCAACGGCGGUGCAAAUGGCAACAAUGGAGGAGGCGCUGGCAACGCCGGUGGUGGAGGCGGCGGCGGCGGCGGCGCUGUGGCUCCGGGCAGCAGCUGGGUGGACCUGUCAGGAUUCAACUCGUCUUCGUCCGGGAACGUGCUGUGA